AUGCUGGUAAUAAGAUCCAUUCUGGGCCAGUUGAAGUUGAUUGACGCCACUGUGCCCGUGUGGGGCACAGUACGACCCGGUCCUCGACUACGCGUCGACGGUCUGGCACGACACACUUCAAGACAACUACAAGACAAGACUCACCUUCGGCACCUGCGUACUGUUCAGCGUAAAGUACUCAUUCGUGUAAUUUCUGUGGGCACAUCCGCCCUCGACGUUGAGGCGCAUGCUCUGCCCACCGAUCUCCGCCUGCGACACCGUGCACAGAGUACCACCACCAGACUUCACACCCUGCCGCAAAAUAAUUCUAUCUGGGACGUCCUAUCACGCGCUCACCGGCGAAGGAAUAACCUUGGGCCGUAUGGCUGGUUCCCACUCGCUGAGGCCUUGAAGACCACGCGUUUGGAGAGACUACACGAGACCGGAAUUAUCGACCAAACCCCACUGCCACCUUGGAGACCGGAGGCCUUCUCGAGGAUUAAGAUCGAACUAGACAGGAAAGUCAUCAUGGAACUAGCAGAGGUAGCACAGUCAAACUCGGAUAUCGAGGUAUUCUCAGAUGCCUCGGGGAGCCUUAGGGCACCUGGGGGCAGCAGCCACGACGACAAAAUGGAGGGGGUGGAGUCUCUGCAGGUCCAGGUCAGGCUUAUGGACAUUUGUUUGGUGCACGUCGCGGCUACUAGGGAUCUGCAUGCCAUCAAUAUCAUCAACAGCGCUGCCCUCAAGCGAUGGAGGUUGACCGGCUUGCACAAUAGAACUGCGACAUUCCUCAGCGACAGUAUCUCAGCUUUGCAGCUGUCCAGAACCCAAGUAACAAUUCAACACAACAGAUCAUCUAUGUCAUCCUGCAAUCGGUCCUGA